AUGAAGUCGAAGCUUCUUUUCGCCAUCCUUUUCGCCGCUUCAGCGGUGGCAGCAACGAUCUUGGAAGAAUCUGAGCAGGAAAAUUCCCUGCAAAGGCGAGCGUUUUAUCAAGACGGCUACAAGAUCUUCAAACGCAAGCGGAAUGCCCACGCCUGCAUGAUGUCCAUCGUCUUCAUCGUCCUCUUCCCGUUGGGUGCCAUUUCCCUACAUCUCCCGCUUCGAGGCGUUCGCGUGGUCCAGUUCAUCCACGCACCGAUCCAGAUACUGGGGAUGGCGAUGAUGAUCGGCGCACUGGGGCUAGGCAUCGACAUUGCAGAUGUUGACCUGAACUAUUUCGCGAGCAGCACAUCUACCAAGGCACAUGUCGUGAUUGGCCUCCUCGCGACGUCGGCGCUUAUCCUCUUCCAGCCGGCACUGGGGCUAUUGCAGCACCGUCAUUUCAAGCGGACAGGCAAGAAGAGUAUGCUCGCCUAUAUCCAUCGUUGGCUCGGCCGCAUUGCAAUCUGCCUGGGCUGGAUCAACUCCGGCUUGGGGUUUCAGCUGGUACCCAUCUCCUUGGUGGCCACUCACUCUCUGGUUCGAAACUUUGUAAUCAUGGGCGUCCUGGGAGGGAUCUGGUUCUUCUUGAUCGGAUGGGACGGAUAUCGACACCACUGGGCGAGGAAGGACAAGAUAUUUGCAUAUCGUGUUGGAUGGGAAAAGGGCGUGGUGCUUCGAGGCCAGCGGGCCGACGAAGAAGGCAUCAAGGAGAGCCACACGGAUUCUGGCAGCUCUGAGAAUCAGGUCAAUCCCAAAUGA